GAUAACUGGAGAGCGACAGCCCUCCUAACUAAGAAUGCGAUUGUCCGCUGGAAUCUUCGUAUUGGCUGCGCUGUGCCAUGCACAUGCUCGCCCAGUCGUGCCUAGAUUGUAUCUGUGUCCUCGACUUGAUGCGACGGCAGAUUUGGAUUCAAGAGUCGUGGUACGAUCCGCCUAGCUUUGAUUGCCCCUUGGCAUGGGAAGCAGCUCAUCCGAGUCUAGGCAGUGGACAGCGUCAACUCAGGAUGGAGUGUCGACGGAAACAACUACGGUUGGAGCGUCGACGGGAACAACUAUGGAUGGUCGAUCAACGGCGGAGGGAUUCCCGUCGGCGGAUGCUACGGCGCCCCUCCUAAGCGCUCAGCUUCAUGAUACUUGAGAUCCUGCAACGCAGUAAUAAUAUUUUUUUUGACUAAA